AUGGCAAUGUUGAUGCAGCUCCCUUGUUCUCCAAGUACAUUGAUACUCCGUUUCAUAGUACUGUUUGCUUUUUUAUGCUACCGAACGAAGGCUGUGGUGAAGCUUCCUCCAAAUGCUUCAUUUCCAGCAGUGAUAGCAUUUGGAGAUUCGAUAGUGGACUCAGGCAACAACAACAACAUAAAAACAUUGGUCAAAUGCAACUUCCUUCCUUAUGGAAAAGAUUUCGAGGGAGGGAUCCCAACGGGUCGAUUUUGCAAUGGAAAAAUUCCAUCAGACCUACUAGUUGAAGAAUUGGGUAUUAAGGAGUAUUUGCCAGCAUAUUUGGAUCCAAAUCUCAAAUCCAGUGAUCUUGUUACCGGUGUCUGCUUUGCCUCCGGUGCUUCAGGAUAUGAUCCUUUGACGCCCCAAAUAGCGUCAGUUAUACCAAUAUCUGCUCAACUAGACAUGUUCAAAGAAUACAUAGGAAAGCUGAAAAGCAAUGUUGGAGAGGACAGAACAAACUUCAUCCUAGCCAAAAGUCUUUAUGUUGUGGUGGCAGGCAGUGAUGAUAUUGCUAACACCUAUUUUGUUGCUCGUGGGAGACAACUACAGUAUGACGUGCCUGCUUACACUGACCUUAUGUUGAACUCUGCCUCUAAUUUCAUAAAGGAACUAUAUAAACUUGGAGCACGAAGAAUUGCAGUACUCAGUGCACCACCGAUUGGAUGCGUGCCAUCACAGAGAACUCUAGCUGGAGGGAUAAUAAGAGAGUGUGCGGAAAAGUACAAUGAUGCAGCAAAGUUGUUCAACUCCAAACUGUCAAAGGAAAUGGAUUCCCUUAAUCAUAACUCACCCAAUAGCAGGAUAGUUUACAUUGAUGUUUACAAUCCUCUUCUCGAUAUCAUUGUGAACUACCAAAAAUAUGGCUAUAAAGUUGUAGACAGAGGUUGCUGUGGCACAGGUAAAAUUGAGGUCGCAGUGUUAUGCAACCCUUUGGAUACCACUUGUCCUGAUGCUUCAGAAUAUGUCUUUUGGGAUAGUUAUCAUCCUACUGAAGGAGUAUACAGAACGCUCAUAAGUCAAGUCCUACAAAAGUAUCUGAGCCGAUUGAUUUGAGCUAGAUUAAGUUU